AAACCCGAGCAGCGCCGCGCCGCGCGCGCGGAAUCGGGUUGUGGAGGCGUCGGCGUCGGCGAAUAAGAGGAUGGAAGCGGAAGAUGAGACGGUGUCGCUGUCCCCGGAGGAAGAGGAGGCGCUGGCGAGGGAGGCGGACGCCCGUCGUGGCCCAUGCACCAUCUUGGGAGUGGAGAUCGAUGACAUUCUCGGCAUGCGGGGGGAAAACGAGGGAACCGCGUUGUGGAGGGUGAGGAAGGCUCAGCUGGCUGACGAGGCGACGAUGGAGCGUGUGAGGGUGGAACUGGGGUGCGGGGAUCUGAGAAGGUGGAAGAGCCAAACGAGGAGGAUCUAGAGGUGAUAGGAUCAGACUAUGAAGCCUGGGUUGCUAGCCAGUUUCGCGACGAGUGGAUAGCUCGGUAUUCCGCUCGCUUUGGUUCAUUCGAUGACACCACAAGGCUCUGCCCCAUGCGUUUUACAGAUGAGCCAGCACCUGGUUACACUGCGUUCCCCAUGGGCACUCUACAGGUCUUUUCAGUCAAGGUUGCUGGAAUAAAAAGGGGCUUACAGUGGCCACUGGAUGUGUUUGGUUUUGUCGCCGUACGUGACUCCAUUGACAAGAAUCGCAAAAUUAUCUUCAGCCGCACGAGGAACAACUGCCAAACUCUCACUGAAAAGGAUCGAUAUUUAGUACUGACAGGUCCAACCCGUGCUGUUGUGUUGCCGCCUUAUGUCACCGUUGAGGUUAAGCUGACAAUCAAGGGCCCUACUGAAUCCGAGGAUAAAGAGUUGAGCUUUCUAGCUGUGCGAUUAUUUGGUAGACAAGGCACACGAUAUUCGUACCAGUUUCGCCGUUAUAAAACUAGCAAGGUUAGAACUUUGGAGUUUGCAGUUGGCCAUAUUGUUGAAUCUGUGGAGGCCACAAUAUUUGUGCGUGUCAUUGAUGGUUCAUGGCCAGACAGUUGUUGCGGCCAAUUUGCUGCCUUUAGCACUGGAGUUCGUGAAAAGGGUUUCAGAACCAUUGAUAACCAGAAAAUCGUCUUGCUUGAUUCUAGACGUGAGAAAGUGCUUGUUACCAGUGAUGGCGAGAUCGAGCUUUCACGGCGUGUUGUUUCUGUUGCAAAGAGAGGAACGCUGAAGGUUUAUGUGAAGUCAUGGGGUUGGGAGACAUCUAAAAGUAAAAAAAAUUAUUGCGGAUGAUGAAUGGGUUUUCGCACCUCAGGAAUCGAAGAGAAGCUAUGGCAGGCUUGAUACUGGUUUUUGUAAGAUGGAAGUUACAGUCGCUUGGUCCCUCAUUUCAUAUGAACCAGUCGUUUUGAAUGUUUAAGAAUAGCUAUCCUUUUUGUAGCAGGAUAUAUCUAUAUCUAUACCUAUUAUAUAUUAUUAAAGCGAGUAAAAUUUUAAUCUUAAAUUUU